CCGCACCUCGAACUCAAUGUUUUAGUGUACAAUACAUAGGGCAAGAGGCUAGAGCUAUGUACCCAGCAUGACAACAUGUAACUUACAUACUACAGUAGCAUAGAGUAUUAUGCUAACGCCUUUAUGAACAUCUAAUUUCUAAACACGAAUUAUUCAUUGGUGUAGUUAUACCUCCCACUCUUUUUUUGCAGUAAUUCUUCAAGUUCACUGAAAGAGCACUUACCUGCAAAGAAUACAACUAGACCAACUAACAUUCGAACUUAUCAUCCAAAAUGGUGUUGCCCGUUCCCUUGAUCCGACUCCAAUGCGGAGUGAAUUCAUACGACUGGGGCAAGAUCGGAUCUGAGUCCGCCGCAGCCAAGUUUGCUGCAGCAACACCAUCCGACAUCUUGAAUAUCCAGUCGGACAAGCCGUACGCUGAGCUAUGGAUGGGUACUCAUCCCUCAAAUCCAUCCAAGGACCUCCAGUCCGGUCGGACGUUGCUUGAACUUGUUGCCGAAAACCAGAUGCUCUUAGCCCCGUCCGUUAAGGCGCGAUACGGUAGUAAGCUACCUUUCCUCUUCAAGGUGCUCUCUAUCAACAAGGCCCUCUCUAUUCAAGCACACCCCAACAAGAAACUCGCCGAGCAAUUACACGCUAGGGAUUCAAAGAACUACCCCGAUGACAAUCACAAACCUGAGAUGGCCAUUGCCAUCACUGAAUUCGAGGGCCUAUGUGGAUUCCGCCCUCUGGGUGAAAUUGCUCAUUUUCUAUCGUCGGUGCCUGCCCUACGUCAGUUGGUUGGCGAAGAUGCUGCCAAAGCUUUCAUUGCCACUGUUAGAGGUCAGGAGAGUGAUGACUCCUCCGAAUCUACGACACAAAACAAGAGAGCGCUUCAAACAGCAUUUGCUGCUCUAAUGAAAUCUUCUCAGGAAGACGUUGCCUCAGCUACUAAGUUACUCGUCUCGGACGCUGAGAGCAAAGGAAGCGAAUUCGCGGAUAGUGGAGUUGAGUCGACGAGCGGGGCUGUCAUGUCCGAAUUAGUGGCUCGUCUUAACAAGCAGUUCCCUGAUGACAUCGGCCUGUUCGUCUUGUUCUUCCUGAACUUUGUAAAGCUUUCUCCGGGCGAGGCUCUCUUCCUCAAGGCCGAUGAUAUCCAUGCCUACCUAUCGGGAGAUAUUAUCGAGUGCAUGGCGGCAAGUGACAAUGUCGUUCGUGCAGGGUUUACACCCAAGUUUAAGGAUGUCCAGACGCUGGUCGAUCUAUUGACCUACAAUUAUGCCCCGAUUGAAGAGCAGAAGAUGUCCCCUACCGAGUAUCCCUACGUGGUACUCAAUCGCACAGCAUACAGCUCGGGCUCGGAGGCAAUCCUAUACGAUCCACCGAUCGAAGAGUUCAGUGUCAUAAGAGCUGUUCUUAACGGCGAAGGGUCAAAGGCCACCUUUGAUCCCAUCGACGGACCAAGCAUUGUUAUCUGCACCGGAGGCAAGGGCAAGAUCACAGUUGGAAGCAAGACGGAAGAAGUCAAGGAGGGUUACGUAUUUUUCGUUGGCGCCACGGCAGGGUUGGUCCUAGAAUCUCAGGGUGGUCCGGAUGAUUCGUUUACUACCUUCAAGGCGUUUUGUGAAGUGGAGGAUCACAGCAAUGGUUCGUAAAAUAUGGCUACGGCCUGGUGCAAUUUUGACAAAAGUCGCAUGUGUAUUUUCGAUUGCUUCAAAUGAGUUUGGGCUGAAAAGGCUCUUAUGUUUCCUCUCCAUCUUGAGUCAAGAGAUAUCCUACAAGUAAUUGAUGAUUUACUGAUGA